ACUUCUUUUGGCUGCACAUAGCGCCGGACGUACCUCUAAAACAAAUUGUUCGCCGAAGAAAUACCAAAAUUCAAACUCAGACGAGAAGGUUUGCCGUCGUCAUGCCGGCCAAGUGGAUUUCGACUUUGGUGUUGAUUGGAUUCUUCGCUAUGAUCAAUGGAGUCCUCUCCGUCGAUUCUCAUGAUAAGGGAAGUGUUAGAUCAUCUUUAAACGAAGGUUUGUCCAUGGCGGAAGUACGUACGGCUAUCAACAGAGCCAUGUUCGGCAAGGAUUCUAGAAUGCCUACACCUCGAGAUAUUUUGUCUGCCAAUGUAUCCGGAACUACCCUGAAGAACCCAAUUUUGGAUUUCACAGAGUCCUUUAACGUCGGCAAGAGCUGUUACGAUAUCCUCGUCACGCAGAACGCGUCUCAAAGUGGUCUGUACCUCGUUCAUCCUCCUAACAUAGUUCAAGGCCCGUGGAAAGUCUACUGUGACCAGGAAUCGGAAGGUGGUGGUUGGACGGUAUUUCAAGUAAGAGAUGACGUAGAACCGCAUGAAAAUUUUAUGCGCAAUUGGGAGGACUACAAAUUGGGUUUCGGAGACUUUGAUCGCGAAUUCUGGUUAGGUAACAUUCUUUUAUGGGCGCUGACCAAUAGCAACGACAAUAAAAAAUACGAACUAGCCGUCAACCUCGAAGACUGGAGCGGCAAUAAACGUUUUGCCCGUUACAAGGGAUUCCGAAUUGGUCCGGAAAGCGAUAAAUAUCGUCUUUAUUUCACCAAAAUGUUCCUGGGAAAUGCUGGAGAUUCGCUCUUUAGCCACAACGGUCUCGCCUUUUCCACUUUUGACGUAGACAAUGAUAACCGUGAAGGCGAAGACUUUGCUGAGCGAAGCUGCGCUCGACUCUACAAGGGAGGCUGGUGGUAUGGAAACUGUCACGACUCCAAUCUGAAUGGAUGGUAUUUGGGUGGACCGCAUCGUAGUUUCGCUGAUGGAAUCAAUUGGUACACCUGGAGUGGCUACAAUUAUUCGUUGCGCCGCACCAUGAUGAGAUUCAGACCAGUGAGCGACAAUUACACAUCUAACGGCCCCUCAAUAGGACUAUCCGUUCCCAACAGUUAUUCACCAAUCAAGCCUGACAGCUACUUACCCAUGAGGGGUUUUCGCAACAUUGAGGACAGUUCAGCUGAGCUGAAGGACCAGGUGGAGCCUGAACCUGGUUUAAAUCAACCUAAAAGCAACGUCUAAAGCGCAAACACAUAUUUAACGCAAUUGUUGAUUAAUUUUAAGUAUUUUUUUUUUACAGUGAAAUACUCCUACACGCACUGUAUAGUUAUCAUUCUCCACAUAAAUUAAAUAUACUGAAUCGUUUUAAA